GUGUGUGUAUAUAUAUAUAUAUAUGUGUGUAUAUUUUACAUUUAUUUCAGAUGAUUGAAACUAACGAUAUUUCAGAAGAGAAGAUAAAGAUGAAGCAGGCGAUGGAAGAACUGCAAGAUAAGCUGAGUAAAAGAGAUAAAGAGGUGUCAUCCCUCGCCUCCCAGACUGAAACUCUAAGGGCCCAAGUAAGUGCAUUGGAAAAUAAAUGCAAAGCUGGAGAGAAGAAGGGAGAUUCUCUGUUGAAGGAAAAGAAGCGCUUGGAAGCUGAACUGGAGACCGUGUCCAGGAAAACGCAUGAUGCUUCAGGCCAGCUGGUCCUGAUUAGCCAGGAGCUACUCAAAAAGGAAAG